AAGCCAAGGAAAAGGUCGAAUAUUGUACCAUCCGCAACACGACACACAAGAGCCUAUUGCGAUCUCAAUUGUCGAUUGUGAGCCCUGAAACUUGGUGCUCAGAAAUACACAACUUUUGCCAUGGCCACACGAAAGCGCAACGAAUGGCUCGAAGCCGAAGAGAGCGAAGACGACGAGAGAGGCUACGAUUCGGGGGAAGAAAGCAGAGCGCGCAUGCUGCCAGUAUCAAAGCGACAAAAACUCGACAACGACUCAGAGAUUGAGGGUGAAGACCAUGCGCAUGACGAGGGCGAAGACGAGGACGAGGAUGAGGAGGCAGAAGACCUCGAUGAAGAUGAUGACGAUGAUGCGCCAGAUUACAGCAAAGACGCCCAACUUGCCCACCUUGAGAAGCUUGCCGCAGGUCUCCCCAAAGACCUCAAACUCGCGUCAGGAAAACUGCUCGACUCCCUCCCUCUCGAGUCUAAGAAAGACAAAUCCGGUGUAAUCUACCUCUCGCGCGUCCCACCCUUCAUGAAGCCUCAGGUGCUGCGCUCCCUCCUUACCCCCUACGGCACCGUUGGCCGCAUCUUCCUUACACCCGAAGACCAUUCGAAGCGACAGCAACGGCUCAAGAAUGGCGGAACACGGCGCAAGCUGUUCCUUGAUGGCUGGGUCGAGUUCCUCAAGAAGAAAGACGCAAAGUUUGUCACCGACAACCUCAAUGCGCAAACAAUGGGCGGCAAGAAACGCGGGCGCUGGCAUGACGAGAUCUGGAAUAUCAAAUACCUAAGUGGAGUCAAGUGGACGCAUCUCGUGGAGCAGAUUCAGAACGAGAAUGCAGAGCGUGCGGCGAGGUUGCGGUUCGAGAUUGGGCAGAGUAAGAAGGAGAAUACGAGAUUUUUGGAGAAUGUGGAGAAAGGGAAGAUGAUUAGUGGAAUCGAGGCGAAGCGGAAGGAGAGAGGCGGGGAUGAUGGUGAUGCAGAUGACGGUGCGCGGGCUGUGGUGGAGAAGGAUGAGGGAGGCGAGAAGUCCAAGAGAAGGAAAGACCGGAGAGAGUUCACGCAGCAUGCGGCUAUGAGCAAGGGGGACAAGAAGCCUGAGCCAGGACAGAAUAUUCAGAAGGUGCUGAGUAGCAUCUUUUGAGGCGUGGUUCAUAGUAUGAUAUCCAGGACAGAUUC